GGGGGGUCCCAGGGUGGGAGGGGGCUGCAGGCAAGGGGCAUGGAGCCACAGUGAAGGCAGGGAUGGGGUCACAGUGCAGGCAGGAAGGAUGGUGGAGCCAUGCUGAGUGAGGAAGGGUGAUGGAAUGAUGCCGCACAUGGAACAUGGAGCCAUGGUGCAGGCAAGGCUGGUAGAGUAACAGUGCAGACAAUUAAAAUGGAGAAACUCUUGAGGCAAAAGGGAUGGAAGUAGGUUGUGGCAGGAGGAUGGAGCCAUGCUGCAGGCAGGGGGAUGCAGGAAUGCCGCAGGCAGCGGGGAUGGAGCCACACAUCAGUCAGGGAUGCCACAGGGGUGACCCCCAGCCCCUGGCUCCACUGGAAUCACUGCUGCCAGCCCUCAGCAGGGACCUGUUGCCAGUGCCUGUCUCCUGGGACACCUUCAGGGCAUCAACACCCCUAAGCCCCUCUGGAAGGGGCACAGCAGGCCGGGAACCCCUGUCCUCAGCCUGGCCCAUGGCUGGGGACAAGCCGGGCCGUGACGGUGGCCACCCGCCACCCCCCUGGGCGGGGCGGGGGGGGGUUUAGCGGCUAAAGCCCACAAAUCCCAAAUUGUGCUGCCCUGUUACCGCGAGGGUUUAGCGGUGGUUGCGUAACCCCGGGGGCCACCUGGCCCCCGCCCUCUGCGGUGUCAGCAGCCUCAACAUCCGUGGAGGCCCCGAUCCCCGGGAGGGGAUGCUGAGGCACAGCGGGGUCCCUACCGAGCAUCCCCCCUCCCCUCGCCAUCAGGGCCGGUAAUUAAUUACUUGGGGGCAGGGAAAUUACCCCCCUUAAUUACCACUUUUCGUUAUUCCCCUCUAACCGCCUUAGUGAAGGGCUUAUGCGCUUACAGGACCUGGUGGGUCCCAAGGGGAGGACGACACACAUGGGGGGUCCCCAGCCCAAGCCCCAUGUCCCACCUCUGCCGCAAUCUCGGCCUCGCAGUGCUGGGGGCACUGGCAGGGUGACACCUCCACGGUGGCCCGCGGCGGCCACCGCGCGGGGGGGUGUGUUGGGUGUCGCGGGGUUUAGGGUUACAGGGCUGGGGCUCAGCACCUUUUUAAUUCUUCAUCGCGUGGCUGAUUGAUCCCCCCCGCCCCGCGCAGACACUAAAGAUUAAGAGGGUGACAAAGAGGCGGCUGCUUACACAGCGCCCGCCGCUAAGCCGCCUUGAAGAGAGCAAGGCAGGAGCCCCGCUGGCCGCAGACCGGAGCGCCCAGCGCCUGGGCAGACCCUCCGCGGGCAUCCAGAGGGACAGGGACAGCUCGGGAGCGCCGGGUGCGGGAUGGCUGCGUCCCCGGCCGGGUCGGUGGUGAGCGCCGGGCUGGAUGAGAGUCCCACGGGGCUGACCCCGGCUCCCGGGAAGGAGCUGAGCCCGGUGCUGCUGUGCAAGGUGUGCGGGGACACCAGCAGCGGGAAGCACUACGGCAUCUACGCCUGCAACGGCUGCAGCGGCUUCUUCAAGCGCAGCGUCCGCAGGAAGCUCAUCUACAGGUGCCAGGCGGGGACGGGGCUGUGCCCAGUGGACAAGGCUCACCGCAACCAGUGCCAGGCCUGCCGGCUCAAGAAGUGCCUGCAGGCUGGCAUGAACAAGGACGCUGUGCAGAAUGAGCGGCAGCCCCGCAGCACAGCCCAGGUCCAGCUGGACAGCAUCCAGCUGGACGCUGAGCUGCCCCCUGAGCAUGUGGCCACCACAUGUGAGGUCCCUCCAUCACCCUGUCCGGCUCCUCGUGGUCCCGGUGCCACUGUCACGCCAGGCCCCCGAGUGCCCACACCACCCACCAACCAUCGCUUCAUGGCCAGCCUGAUGACGGCCGAGACCUGCGCCAAGCUGGAGCCCGAGGACGCUGAUGAGACGGUGGAUGUGACGGGCGGUGAGCCGGAGCGGGCAGCCAGCGAAUACCAGGUGGCGCCGUACCCGGCAGCCAGCCCCGAGAACAUCUACGAGACCUCAGCACGUCUCCUCUUCAUGGCUGUGAAAUGGGCCAAGAACUUGCCCGUCUUCUCCAACCUGCCCUUCCGCGACCAGGUGAUCCUGCUGGAGGAAGCAUGGAGUGAGCUGUUCCUGCUCUGUGCCAUCCAGUGGUCCAUGCCCCUGGAGAGCUGCCCGCUCCUGGCUGUCCCUGAGCCGACCCCUGGGAAGCUGCUGCCGGCCACCCUGGACGUGCGGGCGCUGCAGGAGACCCUCAGCCGCUUCAAGGCAUUGGCCGUCGACCCCACGGAAUUUGCCUGCAUGAAGGCCGUGGUGCUCUUCAAACCAGAGACCCGUGGCCUGAAGGACCCUGAGCAGGUGGAGAACCUGCAGGACCAGUCACAGGUGAUGCUGGGCCAGCACAACCGUUCCCACUACCCUGGGCAACCCGUCAGGUACCGCUGUCCCCACGCCCUCACGGGUGACACCGGGGUGGGACACGCACCCAUGGCCGCCGCUCCAUCCCGCAGGUUUGGGAAGCUGCUGCUGCUCCUCCCGGCGCUGCGCUUCAUCUCCUCGGAGCGUGUGGAGCUGCUCUUCUUCCGCCGCACCAUCGGCAACACCCCCAUGGAGAAGCUGCUGUGUGACAUGUUCAAGAACUGAACCCCUUCCCGCUGUCACCUGGCUGGUUUGUCACCCUGUGCUGGCACCCUGUCACCCUCGCCCCGGGGUGUGAAGGUGCCCAUGGCAGUGUCCAGGACUGUGGAAUGCUGCCGGCAGCUGGGACCAGCAGGGGGGUGUCCCCAAGGGAGCGCCCAAAGCUCUGGCAGCUCCUCAGUGACGGUGCCCCACGUGCUGGAGGAGCCCAGGCAAAGCCACCUCGGCACCACGAGGACCUGCUGCCACCCCGGGGUCACCAGACUGCGGGGACACUGCUCAGGGAUGUCACCUGCCUGGGGCACGACAUCAGCCAGGGGUGACAAAGGCCAAGGUGGUGCCAGCCUUGGAGUGCCACCAGCCCGGGGGUGACACUCGCUGAAGGCGGUGCCACCUGGGAGUGCCACCACACUGGGACACGCUCAGGUUGAUCCCAGGCCGGGGCUGGCACUGGACAGGGGUGACCCCAGCCCGGGGUGACCCCAGCCCGGGGUGACAGGCGGUGACAGACCCUUGUCCCUGCGUUCCGGGGUCUCCCACUUGUGUUCCCCAUUUUUUACUCGGAAUAAAGAGAGUUUUGCAGUCAGAGUCCCUGUGCCAAUGACUUGGGUCCCCCUGGG